CUAAAUUUAAACUGUCCUUUCUCUUCAGUAAAAGUAUUGAAGUACAUAAAGAAUAUGUAGGUUAUCCAGCUGAUCUACAGCAAUGUGUAUACACUCUUAUGACAACAAGCCUACUUUUCAUUCAAUUGCUGAUUAAUGCAUUCAACAUGAUCUAGUUUUAAUGUACAAACAUAUAUGUAUCCCCCCUUUCUCUCAUUCUCUCUCUCUCUCUCUUAUCGGAUCAGGCAUCAUGUGUGUAUGUUCCGAUGUUCUCUGAGCCACAGUUAGCGCCACUUUCAGGCAGUGUAACUUUUUGCCAAGAAAAUACAAAAAUAGACCAGGAAGGCCAAUCAGAUCAAUUGAGUAAAAGGAUUUAAAAAAGACGUGGAAUUUUUAAUUCCCUUUUUUCUCUACUUUCUAUUUUUCACACACAAAUAAUAUGGACCAGCAACAAAAGGGCUACUAUCCUCCUCCUCCACAAAACCAACAAUACUACGCCCCUCCUCCUCCUAAUCAAAGUGGUCAAUACUAUCAACAACCUUAUUAUCAACCUCAACCUCAACCUCAAACUGUGUAUGUUCAACAACAGCCACAGCAUAAAGAUGAUAGUUCAAUGUGUUUAGGAUGUCUGGCUGCAAUGUGUUUCUGUUGUGCUUUGGAUGCUAUUUGUUAAAACAAUGCCUCUUCCUUUUGUUGUACAUACACAUUUCUUCAUUCUUCCUCUUUUUUGCGAAUAAUAAUAAUACAUCCUAUUUCAGCUUCACCUUGGGGGUUUUUUUUUUUUAUCUUUGGAGCAUCUUUAAUGUUUGUUAAUUAAAUUUCAGUAAAGGGAUCGAGGCAAAGGGGGAAGGGAACGCCAUCUAUUGUAGGAAUUAAAAAA